AUGGCAUCCCAGGACGACGAUGUAUGGGAACUCUUCUCACAAGACUGUUAUGCUGCCCUAACCAGAGACCACCUCGACGUCCAAGCCUUGAUGGACCGAGUCCGCAACCCGGCCGCCGGCGCCAUAGUCCUCUUCGCAGGAACAACAAGAGACAACUUUGCCGGCAAGCCCGUCAGAGAACUCACAUACACAGCAUACAACAAACUUGCCCUGAGGACGAUGCUGGCCAUCGCCAAGGAGGUAUCAAAAAAGCACGGCCUGAAGGGUAUAGCUAUGGUUCACCGGCUGGGAACGGUACCCAUCGGCGAAGAGAGCAUCUUGAUCGCGGUAUCGUCGCCGCACAGGCAAUCCGCUUGGCUAGCCGGCGAGGAGGCUCUUGAGGAAUGCAAGUCCAGGGUCGAGGUGUGGAAGAGGGAGGAGUUUGAAGGCGAGGAAGGCGUUUGGAGGGCGAACAGAGAUGGAGCAACGGGCGAGAAGGCGGAAUCGUGA